UUUCAUCUUCUUCUCCUUCUUUUCCUAAUUAACCAUUGAAUGCCCGCAAGUCUUGAGUAGCAAACUUGUUUAGAAGGGAAGAGAAAGUUGACUUGUAUAAGCUGAUCAUGGACUCAACCUGGUAAUCACACUUUCAAUAAGGAAAAAUUACUGUCCAUCUUAAAGAUAUCUUUUCGUUUUCUGUAUUACCUCCAUUAGCUAACUUUUGUUAUUUUUUCCCCAUUUCACAUUGCCUGUUGAUUAUUUGUGAACCACGCCAACAUCAACCCAAUUGGAUUAACACUCAUGUGAAAAAAGUCAGUAUCCAGAGUUACUGAAUUGUCUUGAAAAGUUAUAUUUUAUAUUAACAUCGGCUUGUUUUGAUUUUGUUCAAUUCAGCGUUACCGGAUUUGUUCACCAAUCGACUCACCAUUCACAAUGGAUUAAUUUAUCAACCAAUUCAUAUAAUCUAUGUAUUUGUGGACUAAUUAACUACUAAUCUGCUGUGCCCUACUAUUGGAUAUAUUGAAGUAGUGUUAAUAUUCCCAUCCAUUUAUAUAAGUUUUAAAAUAAACUCGACACCAUCAAAAUGGGGAAAAAGUGGGCUUAUGCCAUUUUUGCAACUUUUGUUUUAGUACUUCUGGUCAUAUUAUUAGUCGCUAAAUCGGGCAAUGAGAAUAAAAAGAUAGGAAUCUGCAGGUCAGAAGGAUGUAAAGCUUCCGGUAAACAAAUGAUAAAAUAUCUUGAUAGAGAUUCUGAUGCUUGUAAUGAUCUUUAUUCACUCGCCUGUGGUAAAUGGAUUAUCCUGGAAAAGCCAAGGAAUUAUUCAGUUAAACAUGAACUGCAAGAAACUUUAAUUAAACAAAUUAAGACUCUAUUAGGAACAAGUUUGGUUCGCAGUCCGGUUCCUGUUCAACUUGCUUCCACUUUUUAUAAAAACUGUCUCGAUGCAGCGCCUUAUUAUGCAGCUAAAUGGCUUGAUGAGGAGUUACAAGAUAUUGGAGGAUGGCCUUUAAUUUCGAGCAACCAGGAGGAAACAACUACAGUUAAUGUUGAGAAUGGAGAUUCGGAAAGUUCAGACUCUGAAGAUUUAGUCAAGGCCUCUGUUAACUGGACUGAUAGCUAUGUUAAGGCUAGAACUGAAUGGAAUGGCAACUGGAUCAUUGGCAUGUCAGUAAUAGUUAACCCGAAAUAUAGAACUAAAUAUAUUUUAAAGAUUGAUCUGCCUGAAUACUCAAGCAUUUGGGACACAUUGAAAGAGAGCGAUAAUACUACUGAUAUCAUCAAUACUAAAGUUGAGGAUUACAAAGCAUCAAUAAGAGGUUGGGUUGAAAAAAUGGGCCGAAAACGUGGUCAGCUAAAUAACCAAUUAAUUGACGAGGUUGUUGCGUUUGAAAAGGAACUUGCUAAAGCCUAUUCAGCAGCAUUGAUGGAUAAAUCUGAAGAUAAAUAUAUGAGUCUUGGUGAGCUCAUUGAAACUAGUCCUGAACGAAAGAUUCCAUGGGAAUUCGUGUUGAGAGAAAUUUUUGGAACCGUUAAUAUUACUUUAUCCAAGACUGAACCCAUCUUAUUAUCUCACCAAUCGUAUUAUAAGAGACUUGAUGAAAUAUUAUCGACUACCUCAAACAAAGUAAUUACUACGUAUAUUGGUUGGAAAUUUGUUUCCCAAUAUGGAGGACACUUAAAUGAUUUGCCUGUUGAUGAAGUGAAUCGUGAAAAAUAUUGUUUACAAGCAACAUUUAAAUAUUACAGUCAUGCAUUAAAGCGACUGUAUGUUGAAAAAUAUUUUGACUCGACUUCGCGAAAUAGAGUGGCUACAAUUGUGAAGACAAUUAAAACCUACUUAAUCAAUAACUUGCAAACUAUCUCAAUGGCCGAUAAAGAUCGUGAGAUGAAAAAUCGUAUUAAGAGAAAGCUUGAAAAAAUUGAAGGCUUGGUAGGUUAUGAUGAUUGGAUCGCCAAAAAGGAUAAAGUCGAAGAAUAUUAUUCAGACAUUCCCGAUUAUUCUGAUCGUAAAUAUCUUGGAAGUAUAAUAGAUGUAAUUACAGGACAAACUUAUAAAGAAUUAAGACGAUUGAGACAGAAAUUUACCAAACCAAUACCAAACCCCGAUGUUCCUGGUAUACUUUCUGUUGAUAGCUUCUUUGACCAAGAAAACUUGAAAUUAGUCUACAGUCCUGGGUUUUUACAAACACCAAUUUAUAAUUCCGACGCACCAUUACCAAUCAAUUAUGGAGCAAUUGGCUCAAUAAUCGGUAGAGACAUUAUUGCUGCCAUUGAUUUGCAAGGAUCAGAGAUUGAUGAGAACGGUGCUAAACGCAAUUGGUGGACAACGAAAGGGUCUAUCGAUUAUCAAACUAAUUCAAGGUGUUUUGAUAAUGUUUAUGAUUCAAUUGUUGGUUUAAACAAUAGAUCAUUGGAACAAGUUAUUCGUGAUGUUGAAGGAUUGCGAAUUUCAUUUGAAGCAUUCAAUGAUUUAGUAGCAAACUCAAGAGAUGUUAGGAUACCAAAAGAUAUUAAAAACUUUUCACUGGAGCAAAUAUUCUUCAUAUCAUAUGCUCAGAUGUUCUGUUCAAAUGAUAAAAUUGAAAGAACUCCAGUCAAUUUUAUAGUCAAACAUUUUGCUCCAUUCAAUGAAGCCUUCAAAUGCAAAAAGACCAACCAUGUUAAAAAAUGCCGUCUUUAAAUUUUUUAAUUCAAUCAACUAUUAUUUUUUUCUUAUUUUAUCAAUUUGUGAUAAUUGAGCCUUUUUUAAAUUCAAAUCAUUUGUAAUAAUUCAACAUUAAAUGAUAAACAAAUAUUUGUUCAAUCAUUGUCUUGAUUAAAAAUCCCCUUAUUUAAUACGUCA